CCAGGCCUUAUUUUCAUUCAUCGUUUAACUGCUUUGACUGUGCCGUUAUCACUGGGAGUAUAUUUGAGGUCAUUUGGGCAAUGGUGAAGCCUGGAACCUCUUUUGGGAUCAGCGUCUUAAGAGCCCUCCGCUUGCUGCGCAUUUUCAAGGUUACAAAAUAUUGGGCAUCCCUCCGUAACCUGGUGAUCUCCCUUCUGAGCUCAAUGAAAUCCAUCAUCAGCUUGCUAUUCCUGCUCUUCCUUUUCAUUGUGGUCUUUGCCUUACUGGGGAUGCAGCUGUUUGGUGGACAGUUUAAUUUUGAUGACAAAACCCCCUCUACAAACUUUGAUAACUUUCCUGCAGCAAUAAUGACUGUGUUCCAGAUACUGACUGGGGAGGACUGGAAUGAAGUAAUGUAUGAUGGCAUCAAGGCUCAGGGUGGGGUCAAAUCAGGAAUGGUAUUCUCCAUCUAUUUCAUCAUUCUGACUCUUUUUGGAAACUACACACUGCUGAAUGUCUUCUUGGCUAUCGCUGUGGACAAUCUGGCCAAUGCUCAGGAGCUAACCAAGGAUGAACAGGAGGAAGAGGAGGCUGCCAAUCAGAAACUAGCAUUACAGAAAGCCAAGGAAGUAGCAGAAGUCAGUCCACUAUCAGCUGCCAACAUGACCAUAGCAGCGAAAGAGCAGCAGAAGAACCAGAAGACUACAAUGUCUGUCUGGGAGCAGCGUACAAGUGAAAUGCGUCGGCAGAAUUUGAUGAACAGUCGGGAGGCCCUGUAUAGUGAGCUGGAUCCCGAAGAGCGUUGGAAAAUGUCUUUCAUGCGUCCAGACGUUAAAACACAUCUUGACCGGCCACUGGUCGUAGAUCCACAGGAAAACCGUAACAACAACACCAACAAAAGUCGGCCAGGAGAAAGCAAGACACCUUUGGAACAGCGGCUUUCUCACCAACGGGCAGAAGACUAUCUGCGCAAGCAAGCACGGUUUCAAGAGCGUGCAAGUCGAGCAUAUGAUAUGGGUCAGGAAUCUGGCCGUCGACCUCGCAGCAAAGAACAGGAAAUUUCUCGUGAUGGGCAGGACAUGGGUCUUCAAGACAGGACAGGGGAAGUGGAUGGAGGUGUACGACCACCCCAAGAUCCACCCAGGAGACAUAGAGGCGGAGGAAGCAAAGAGAGUAGGAGCGGCUCCCCUUUGCCACGU